AUGGAAGCGUUUUUCGGCAACAAGGCACAGAGGAAGGCUGCUGCAACGAACGGCAACUCCUCCAAAGCUCCGGCCACAAAGGAGAACACCCGUCUGCAACCAUGGGUUGAGAAAUAUCGUCCCAAGAGUCUGAACGAUGUUACUGCUCAAGAUCACACCAUCACAGUCCUCCAACGAACGCUCCAAAGCUCCAAUCUCCCACACAUGCUUUUCUACGGUCCCCCAGGCACAGGUAAAACCUCCACCGUCCUAGCUCUAGCAAAAGAGCUCUACGGCCCCGAGCUCAUCAAAUCCCGCGUCCUCGAACUCAACGCCUCCGACGAGCGCGGCAUCAGCAUCGUCCGCGAGAAAGUAAAAGACUUCGCACGCAUGCAGCUCUCAAACCCCUCUGCUGCAUACCGCGCCCAAUACCCCUGCCCACCAUACAAAAUCAUCAUUCUCGACGAGGCGGACUCCAUGACGCAAGAUGCGCAGUCUGCUCUCAGGAGGACGAUGGAGACGUACAGCAAGAUCACAAGAUUCUGCUUGAUUUGCAAUUAUGUGACCAGGAUUAUUGAUCCGUUGGCGAGUAGAUGCUCGAAGUUUAGGUUUAAGAGUUUGGAUCAGGGGGGUGCAAAGAGGAGGGUGGAGGAGAUUGCGGAGAAGGAGGGGGUGAAGUUGGAGGAUGGGGCGGCGGAUGCGUUGAUCAAGUGCAGUGAGGGGGAUUUGCGGAAGGCGAUCACGUUCUUGCAGAGUGCGGCGAGGCUGGUCGGGGCGGUGAGCCUGAGAGAGGACGAAGACGAGAAUGCGAUGGAUAUUGAUGAGAAAGAAAGUAAGACUGUCACUGUGAAGAGCAUCGAGGAUAUUGCGGGGGUGAUUCCAGAUGAGACGAUCGAGAAACUGGUUAAGGCUAUGCAGCCGAAGUCGAAGGGCUUGACUUAUGAGGCCGUGGCGAAGGUUGUUACGGAAAUGGUGGCCGAUGGUUGGAGCGGUACCCAGGUUGUCUCACAGCUCUUCCAAUCCAUUAUCUACAACGAAUCAAUUCCCGACGUACAGAAGAACAAGAUCACCCUCAUCUUCUCCGAAGCGGACAAACGCCUUGUGGAUGGUUCUGACGAGCACCUUACAAUUCUGGAUCUCGCCUUACGAGUAUCGAAUAGCCUGGCAGGAGCUUGAUAACACGGCUGUGGAAUAUGUGUUGCAUAGCAUGAGAGGCUCAUUUGGUGUUUGGGCGCAUUCGGAGAGCCAAAUGGCGAAACUAAAACAUGGAAGGAUAUGAAUGACUAUAAAGUUGUCGGACUUUGAGCGAGGACAUAAAAGAGUGUAAAUCCAUGGAUUUGCUAGAUUACGAAUUGGAAUGAAUCCUGAAGACACGUUUGGCUACAGGACAAAUG